AGUUGCGUUAUUUUGUCCUGCGUGAAUCGGCGAGAGCAAAGGACUGUCGCUCGGCAACGUUUGACAUUUAUCUGCAAGAAACCUUUCAAACUUGUCACGGUGCAGUCUGUGGAGGAAUAGAACUGCGGGGGGAAACUUAAAGUCGAGCAUUUCUCUUUCCAGAUGUACCGACGAGGGGUAAUCUGAGAGUUCGCACGCGCUUCCUGGUCCGCUGGACUCGAGACAGACACAAAAGUCCGCGUGCCACUCGAGACAGAUAGCACGACGCUGCGAACAGAUAGAAAUGGAUCAUGCAUCACCGCAGGACGCUCAUCAAAGCAAGAGCUCCAUGCUGCGCCAGAGGGAACACAGUGAUGAACCUGUGGACAUGAGGCCCGUUGAUAGCUCAAUUUCUCCCUCUCAGGAAGAGAAGAGGCUGAUCAGAAGAGUACGAAGCCCAUCCAGACCGAGGGCAUGGCUGUCCGGUUCUUCUUACAAACCAAAGUUUGGAGGGCGAUUCAACAGACCUCGGGAUGACCACUCAUUCCACAAACAUGGCUACCACAACCACAAAUACCACCACUACCCUCCUCGGGGUUUUUACCACCGGAAAGAAUAUUUCCAGCCUAAACCUCACCACUCUGCACUGAGGGAACACGAGAAGGAGAAGGAGCGGUACGAGCAAAGAGAGAAUGCUGACGGGAGCUCACUUCCAAAACAAAACAGUGCUUCCAGACCUUUCUUACCAAGGACAACCUCCAGCAGAGACAAGGACACACAGUUCAGUGUUUGCCACGGCGACAGGAACCAAAGCAGGGAGAGAGAUCACAGGGGGAGCGGGAGCAGAGAGAGAGAACGGAGCAGAGACGGGGAUCUCCCCUCGACGGCAAGCCAGACUAUGGCACGAGACCGAGCCAUCCAACAGAAGAGAAGAGAAAUAGACGAGGUGUACUAUCAGGAAUGCGAAAUGUUUGGCCUUGUUGCAAAGAUGCUGAUAGCAAAGGAUCAGUCCCUGGAGGGUCCCAUUCAGUCGUCGCUGCAGGAGAACCUCAGGGACAUUGGCAAGCGCUGUGUGGAAGCCAUGGAAAAAUUUAUCGAAGAAUAUGACUCAAGGGAGCCUUCUCACUAAUCACACGCACAUUCGUUCUCUCUUCCUAUAAUUGAUCUGUGUGAUAAACGUACUUUAUUGCUAAUGAUUUGGUGCUGCUUUUUUAUGUUUCCUAGACGACAAUAUAAGCUUCUACUUUCUUAGUUGCUUCCUGGACCAAGAACCCUUUUUUGUUGAGCACUGACCAACACUUGUGAGAAAUGAAAAGGAAACUUUGAUUGUGAUUUUAACAUUGGAUACUUUUUCUAAUUUUGUGAAUGUGAUGACAAAUACUUAUAUGCACUUGUUGUACUGCUCUAAGUUUCUUUAUGAGGAAGUCAGAAAUGUAUGUACAUCCUUCUGACAUGCUUAAUUUAUAAGCACUUGCUGUUUAAAAAUGUAACUUUUGUUAACAACACAUUUAACAUGUACUGAACUUCUAAAUGUUGGUGGUGAAUUAUUCAACGUUAGAAGGACAGGAAAUGAUCAGGUGAAUGCAGAAAACACAUCAAUGGUUCAGUAGGUGAAAGGCCACAUAGUUAGUUUAAGGUUUAAGUACUUGUAUUGUCACCAGGUUUUUGGAUUAGGAAUAUGUUAUCCAGUGGCACAAAGAGAAUACAAGGACCUGAUGUUUUUGUUGCCUCUGACUAAAUGUUUAGUUACUUUUCAAUGUGAGCCUCCAAUCUUUAUAGUAGUUAGCUGCUCAAUUACCAAAGUACAGCCUUGAAUAACAAUUAUACCAGUAUGUUUUUGAAAAACAUGAAAGAGAAAAAUACAUGAUGAUGUCAAUAUUGUUAACAUUUGAUUUUGUUGGACUCUGUCAUCAAAACAAUGGAUUAGUUUGAAGAAAACCCACUUUGGGCUUUGGUGCCAACAAAAGGUCUGGUCAUGAUUCAACAUGUAUAUAUUCAACCUGAUUUUUACAUACAACCACUAUACAACGUUUGUCCACUGUUGGUUGAUGGUGUUCAUCAAACUGUAACUUCCAACAUAAAUUUCACCUCUGUCCAUUGUUGGUUGUUGACAUUCAAGCGAUGUCUGCUGAUGAUCAUUAACCUUAUUUUUAUUUCUAAUUAAACCUCAAAAUCUGUCCAAUUUAAAGGUCGGUGCCCACACAACUUUAGUUUUGACGUCAACCCAAUGUUGGGUUUUUGACAUUGUUGGAUGUUUUUCUAGUUAAUAUUUGGUUUUGAUGUAAAAACCAAAAAUGACCAAAAAUCAAUGUAUGUGUAAUGGUUGAUGUUUAUGUCAACCCAAUGUUUACUGUAAUUAUCAAUAUUCUGACUUUACAUAGAUGUUUAGCGCCAUCUAAGAUUGUUCAUAGAUCAUUUCCCUAACUUUUCGAGUAAUUUCUGUACUCUUUCUGAAGCUACUUGGCAGUUCAAAGUUUUAAUAUAUUCUAUGCUUAAUUUAUGAGCCAACAAAAUUAACGAUAUUCUUGUUCGACUCAGGUGUACUCUGUGGUCAGUCACUUUUGCCACUGUGGGUAGCGCCCCCAUUUUCCUUGUUCAUUGACUUGUACAAUGGACCACUUUCACAGCAUGGCAUGGCAGGACCAUCACAUAUAUAAUGGAACAUAUUAAAUAUAACUGCUGCCCAUUAAGGGUAGCCAGUGCUGACAUUGUGCAGGCCCAAUGGCAUGUCAUACUGUGACAAUAAUUGGCCUGAGCAAACAAUGACAUUCCUUUUACCUGUACUUUCCUGCUGUGACACGUCUGAAAUAAGUCUGUAAUAUAUAUUAAAAAAAAUCUGUAAUUCUUUU